UUCCAAAUGGUGACGCUAUGAUAACAUUAUUGUUUGUUAGAUAAAAAAUAUAUAAUACACAUACACAAAUUACUUGUCUCAAUGUUAGAUCAAUGUGAUUUUACAUUAKUACCUGCAAUAAAAUUAUUUCACAAAAAUUAAUCAAUUAUUCAUGAMUGUUUAGAUUAUUGUGUAGAUUUGCUAUAUCGUAUUGUGAUUUAGUUCUUUUACUUAAUGCAUAAUGAACAACACUACUAAGGGUGGGAAAAAUAACAACGAUUACACAAAGUAUAUUUUCAAUAAUUCUUCAAAUGGUAACAAAACAUGUGUUUUUUAUCCGUCAGCGUUGGACCAACCAUUGGAUGACGUCCCUUGGAAAUUGGUCAACAUGUCAUUUAAGUUAUUAAAUGUUGACUCAAAAUUGGUGUUAACUUUACUCGCAAACCAUGGAUUUCGUGAGGUAAAUUCUGAUUCAAAUGACUUCAAUUUAUUAUGGUCAAAUAACCAUGUUAAUACAAAAGUCAUCAGUUCAUUGAGGUCCUAUCAACGCAUCAAUCACUUCCCUAGUAAUCUACAGGCUCGGCAAACAUUUGCUUUAUACUUGACUUACAUUUCUGCUUUAUUAAAAAAAUGUGCUUUGGAGAAAAAUUUUGACGAUCCAUCAAGUAAUCUUGUAUUGAUGUUUUUAAUAAAAGCUUCAAAGAACCUCAGUGUUCCUUUAAAAAUUGAGGUUUCUAAAUCUUCAUUAUCAAACAAAAAAGCAAUGGAAAUACUUCAAUUAUUGGAAAGGUUUUUAUCGAAAUACAACUAUGAUACUUUAAUGUAUUUGACUCCAGAAACUACAAAAAAUUGUUUGCCGCAAAAAUUGUUUAAUUUAUUUCUCACACACGCCGGGUAA